GUAAGGUCAUCAGACGUUGUUGUGUGCCUGGAUGUAGAAACACUGCACCUCCACAAUCACUGCAUCGCCUUCCGAGGGAUCCCAGCGUUAGGAAAAAAUGGCUUAAGUUUAUUUUUAACAAUGUGCCUGAACGCUUCAGUGACCGAUUACUUGUUUGUUCUGCACACUUUACCGUGGACUCUUUUGUGAAUCACUCACAAUUUGCUGCAGGCUUUUCAAAGUUUCUUUUAUUGAAAGAUGCAGAAGUGCCAACUAUGUUGCACCCUGCAGUAAUGCUGGAUCCUCAAAUAGUUUCACAACAAAUCCAUGAACAGAAAAGUACGAGACAUCGUAGAAGCCUGGUGAAAAUGGAAGUAGCUGUACCAGACGAACCUCAGAAGAAAAUCUUCCGUGCGAGGAAAACAAUGAAGAUGAGUGAUCGUCAGCAGCUCGAAACUCUCCACAACACCUUGACAACCACUUCUUCCAGCUCCACCUCUUACUCCUCACGACCCCAGACCCCACUGGUGAACGGCACCCACACCGAGAAGGACAAAGAGAAAGUAAAGGAGAACGACUUGAAUCAUAAAGAGACAGACUUGAUGCCACCUGCCAAUGAUUCAUCUCAAUGUUCCCCUUCUCCAUCUUUGUCUUUCUCUGUCUCCCGUUCUCCCUCUCCACCCAAUACACAGACUACCUCACCCUCUCCUUCACUUAAGAAGAGUCCAGAAAAGACGAGAGAUGAGAAAACCAAGGAUAUGAAAGGAAAAAAUGAGAGCAAAGAUGGCGGAAAGAAUGAGGACCUUAUAAUGGACAAGAAAGAAACUUCAGAGCAUUCCAGUUCUCCAACAACACCCUUUGAAAAAGGAGACCUUAAAAAUGCAGAGAUUGAGAAAGUGCCCAGUGAGGAGAUGGCUGCUAUGGAUAUGGAUGACGCUCUCAUGGUUACAGCCUCCAUUGGUGACAGUUCAGAAGAGAAAAAGGAGAAAAGCAAUAAAAGUUACUCCUCUCCUCUGUCUGCCUCUCCUUCUUCUGGGAUAGAAUGUGAUCCCGAAGUUAAAGAGGGCUUUCUGUGCCUCAGUGAAGAGGAUGAGAUCCAGGCAGAGAAAGAUGAAAAAGCAAGAAGUGAGGAGGAAAAGAUGAAUAAAAAUAUUACGAAAGAGGUCCAAAAAGAUGACAAAGGCACUUCGGAGAACAUAGGAGGAGCAGACAACAGCACCCCUGCUGGUACAAAGAGAUCUUUGUCAGAAGAGAAAGAUGACGAUGACAAAGAUAUCGAGGAGGAGAGAGAAGGAAAACGAGCAAGGUUGGAUGGUGAUGAGCUGGAGGCUCAGUUGGAGCUGAAAAUUACAGCCAAUGCUGGGAGCCGACAUAAACUGGAGAAGAUGGUGCAGCAGUUAGUAGAGGAACGGUUACGGGUGCUGCAGUUGACUGUAUUUGACCGUAGCAUAAAAGAACUGAAGGAGAGAGUGGAGAAGAUUGACAAUGCAACCAAACAACAGAAUGCUAUGCAGCAUAUUAACACACUACAGGCUAAGGUUGCACGGCUAGCCAAAAAGUUUGGUGCUGCUAAUCAGGCCUCGGAGAACUCAAAGAGAGCUCAACAGGCUCAGUCUGCCACUGCUGCUCAGGCCACCAAUGCAACCAACAUGACCCAGGCUUCACAGCAACGCACUGUUAAAACUACAAUGGAUCCCAAACUGUCUAGUCAACCCACAGGUUCUGCUAAUUCCACUGCAAUCCCAGCCCAGCCUAAACCUCUGUCCACUCCGACUACACCAACCUCCUCUGCACUAGCUUCCCCCGCCCCUAUUUUACAGAUCAUCUCCACAACAACAAGCUCUACUCCCUCAUCCACUUCUCUGCCUGGCCAGUCUCAGACAGGCACUCUACUGAUAAAGACUGGUCCCAAUACAGGGGUCAUGACUAGUACCCCAGUAACAUCAGGGGGCCAGUCAGUGUCUAUUCAGCCUCUUUUAAUUCAGCUGCCUUUAGCAAUGGCAAAUGGGCAAAAUGGGGCAUUAGUCAAUGCUGCUGGUGGUGUUGGUUUAAUACCAGUGUCGUCCUUAUCUACGGUUAGUAGCAUCAAUAAGGCAAAGACGACUACACCUGCUACCACUUUCAUUAUUCAAAAACCAGCAGGCACUCUUACUCCGUCUUCCUCUACACUGGUGACAUCGUCAGGACCAGCAAUGUCAUUAGCAAGAGCAGUGUAUCCAGGUGGCACAGGUACUGUUAGUUCACCCAGUACAGGGAUAUCUGUGACAACAGCCCGAACACCUAUACAGUGUGCUGCUGUUGUGGGAGUGUCUACAGCCGCAUCUUCUCCAGGAACCACAGGGCCUGCAGCAACGGGAUCAGCAGCAGCUGCAGCAGGUCCACCGUCAGCCUCUGCACUGGCCUCAAAGACAGAUAAUCAGGCUUCAACAAGCAAAACACCUCAGCCUGGGCGUCCCAAAGGUUCUGUGAUAGAUCUAACUGAAGAUGAUGAUGAUGUUCAAGUGACAGGAGUCCAGAAGGCCACUGUUUCCCCUCUCGGUACCCAGCGUGCACCAGGGCCACCUCCUUUAGUCAGCUCCACCCCUAAUGCUGGAGUUCGAACAGCACAACGCUCCUCUGUGGACUCUCCCUCGCUAUCCCGUCCAAAUUCUUCUUCCACCUCUCUUCCUCCAUUACCGCUAGCACCAUCGCCACCUGCACGUCUCCCACCAGAGGCCUCCCACACCUCCCCUCCACAGCAGCCUCAACUCAAACUGGCCCGUGUUCAGAGCCAAAAUGGAAUUGUCCUCUCUUGGUGUGUUGCGGAAACGGACCGCAACUGUGCUGCUGUAGAUACCUAUCACCUGUACGCCUACCACCAGGACCACCAGGGGACAGUAGCAAGCACCGGUGCCACGUCACUGUGGAAGAAGAUUGGGGAAGUGAAAGCACUACCAUUACCCAUGGCGUGCACUUUGACCCAGUUUGUGUCAGGGUCAACAUAUUAUUUUGCAGUGAGGGCAAAAGAUGUAUACGGCCGCUUCGGGCCGUUCUGUGAACCACAGUGCACUGAUGUCAUUAAUCCAGCAUCAUCCUAAACUAAUUCCAAAUGAUGGUGGAAUGGUAGAAGAGGCUGUGGCAUCCUGUCAGAAAGGAAGUCUGACAGAAGAUAUGUAAUUGUUACAAAAUUGUUAACUAUGCGCAGACCACUGGUUUAGUUUGUCCCUUCGUGUUGUUAGGAAUUGUAGGGAAUUCAAAUAGGUUGUCUAAUGCAAAUGGAAAUACAAAUACUCAACAAUGCAGACAGACACACAUACACUAUUUGUUUCAACUUUAUUUUACAGUGAGGAGAGAGCUCAAACUUCAAUUGUGCUUGAAAUUGUAUUUUCCUUGUACAUAGUUAAGUAUUGAACUGAACGCUCAGUUUUGUAUUUCUUUUCUUUCUUUUUUUAAAGGUGACGUUUUUUGUUUUUUUUUAAAUAAAACAAUAUUCAAUACAUUGCACAGGUAGGUUCCGGUCAAUAGCAACAGGACGAGCAAGCAAAGGUGUUAAUGGUUUUGUAAUUUUUUGUCUGGUACCCAGACACUCCAAAAAUGACACUCAAUAAAAGUAUUGAUAUAUUUAAAAAGGUCUUUUUUUUUUUUUUUUUUAUUUGACAGAACUACAGUGUGAAUUCUUAAAUGAAACAUUUGAGCCUCUGUUAUUACUGUUAAUGUUUGUAUGUGCAACUGUACGUACAGAUUCAGGUCAGUUUAAUCUCAGAUGCCACAUGGAUACACGUUUUGUCUAAGUACGUACAUUUUUGCCUAUAAUGUAUGCCUUUAUUAUGUACAUCCUUACCCUUACAAAUAAAAAUCUGUUAAGCCAUAGACUAUGA